CCCCCGACUGUGUGCGCACUCCUGCUUCACAUGUCUUUAUCAAGCAGCAUGUUGACUUUCAGUCCUAAAUGUGAGCAAAGAAUGUAGGGCAAGACAAAUGAACCAACAAGAGAAGUACAGCAUGCUGGUGUACAGUGCGUCUUAACUGUCCGUUCCUCCCGAAUAGGAGAGCAUCGGCUCCCGAGUCCGGUCAAAUUCCCCCAGUCUGUCAUCGAGGACAUGCCAGGUUGUGUCCAGAUGGAGGGCGAGCACAUCGAGCACAAUAGUUUCUUUGCACACAGGAGACCAGAGGACAGGAGGCGGUUGCUGUGCACUCUGCAGGCAAAACCACUCUGGCUGACUGCUUGGUGGCAAGUAAUGGCAUCAUAUCCAGUCGACUGGCAGGGAAGGUGAGGUAUCUGGACAGCAGAGAGGACGAACAGGACAGAGGAAUCACCAUGAAGUCCAGUGCCAUCUCUCUGCACUACAGUAAUGGAGAUCAGGACUACUUACUGAAUCUGAUCGACUCUCCCGGUCACGUCGACUUCUCCUCCGAGGUGUCCACUGCUGUCAGGUUGUGCGACGGUGCCGUUGUAAUCGUCGACGCUGUGGAGGGAGUGUGUCCCCAGACCCAGGUGGUGUUGCGUCAGGCGUGGCUGGAGAACAUCCGGCCUGUUCUAGUCAUCAACAAGAUGGACAGACUCAUCAUGGAGCUGAAGCUCACUCCUCAGGAAGCCUACACCCACCUGCAGAAGAUUCUGGAACAGGUGAACGCAGUGACAGGAUCUUUGUUCAUGUCCAAAGUGCUGGAGGAGCGAGCGGAGAAGGAGGAGAAAGAGAGCGAGACGACAAGUGGUGACCAGGUUUACGACUGGAGCGCUGGGCUGGAGGAGACCGACGACUCUCAGCUCUACUUUUCUCCCGACCAAGGGAACGUGGUCUUUGCCAGCGCCAUAGAUGGAUGGGGCUUUAGCGUCAAGCAGUUUGCUCACAUCUACAGCGAGAAGAUGGGUAUUAAAAGGGAGUUGCUGCUCAAAACCCUGUGGGGAGAUUUCUACCUCAAUGCAAAAGCAAAAAAGAUCAUGAAAGGAGCUCAGGCCAAAGGAAAGAAGCCACUGUUUGUGCAGCUUGUGCUGGAUAACAUUUGGAGUUUGUAUGAUGCAGUUGUCACAAGAGACCAGGAGAAGGUGGUGAAGGUGGUGACGUCACUUGGAGUAAAGGUGAUGGCCAGGGACUCUCGUCACUCUGACCCGAAAGUCCUCUUAUCUGCAAUCUGCAGCCAGUGGUUACCUGUAGCCCAAGCUGUCCUCUCGAUGGUGUGUGAGAAGCUACCCAGUCCUUUAGACAUGGCAGCAGAGCGUGUGGAGAAACUGAUGAGUGUUGGAGCGCGACGAUUUGACUCACUCCCCGAACAGACUCAGGAACUGAAAAGAGCGUUCCUCCAGUGUUCCAGCGCGGAAAAUGCUCCAGUAAUCGUCUUUGUGUCCAAGAUGUUUGCCGUGGACACCAAGGCCUUACCUCAGAACAGACAGAGGACAUUAACUCCGGAGGAGAUUGGCCAGCGCAGAGAGUUGGCCCGACAGAGACAUGCUGCCAGGAUGGCAGCUGGUCAGACAGCAGCAGAGAGCAACAAAGACCACAUCCACUCAGGGAGUGUGCCACAGGAAGGCCAACCUUCAGGCAUCUGCACAGCUAAAAUGGAGAAUCUGACAUUGAAAGACUCCAAGCCAGAGGAGUCAGCAGAGCAGAGGGAGACCUUCAUCGCGUUUGCCCGGGUCUACAGCGGGGUGGUCAAGAAAGGACAAAGAGUAUUUGUGCUAGGACCAAAGUAUGACCCCACCCAGGGACUGAGCAUGCUGCCUGAGAGUUGCAGUGCUUCAGACUUUGUGCCCGACGUGCCUCAUCUGUCCUGUUGUUCCAUGGAAAGCAUCUAUCUGCUCAUGGGCCGAGAGCUAGAAGAGCUAGAGGAGGUGCCUGCAGGAAAUGUCCUGGGAAUUGGAGGUCUGGAGGAGUGUGUCUUGAAGUCAGCCACCCUGUCAACCUCCCCCGCCUGCCCGCCCUUCAUCCCUCUCAACUUUGAGGCCAGACCCAUUGUGAGGGUUGCAAUAGAACCUAAACACCCAAGUGAGAUGCCAAAGCUGGUGCGUGGGAUGCGCUUAUUGAACCAGGCAGAUCCCUGUGCUGAGGUACUGAUUCAGGAAACGGGAGAACAUGUUCUGGUCACUGCUGGAGAGGUUCAUCUCCAACGCUGCCUAGAUGACCUCCGAGAACGGUUUGCUAAAAUUGAAUUCAGCGCAUCCAAGCCCAUCAUUCCAUUCAGAGAGACCGUGGUACGUCCUCCUAAAGUGGAUAUGGUGAAUGAAGAGAUGGGCAAGCAGCAUAAAGUAGCCAUCAUUCACCAGAUGAAAGAGGAGGGCUCACAGGGCCGUUCAUCAGACAACCUCCACGUGGACCCCAGUGGUCUGGUGACCCUCACCACUCCAAACAGACUGGCCACUGUCAGCGUCCGGGCAAUCCCCCUGCCGCAGGAGGUGACGUGUCUGUUGGAGAGUAGCUCAGAGCUGAUCCGGACUAUGGAGCAGGUUAACAUGUCCCUGAGGGAGGGGAAGAAUCUGGACAUCAACCCCGCCACCCUGGAGGCCAUGGUUGGACUCAAAGCCCAGCUGGAAAACCUUCUGCAGGGGAGGAAGUGGCGGAACGCUGUGGAGCAUAUCUGGGCUUUUGGUCCUCGCAGGUGCGGUCCCAACAUUCUGCUGAACAGCGUGGAGGGCUACCAGCGGCCCUCGGUGUGGCAGUGUCUGGGCAGGGUUGACGACGUUGACGAGGCUGGAGCUCAGGCCGCAGUUCUGCGAGACUUCGAUAACAGCAUCAUCAGUGGCUUCCAGCUUGCAACUCUGUCAGGGCCUUUGUGUGAGGAGCCCCUAAUGGGAGUUUGCUUCUCCAUCGAGAGGUGGGACGUCCAGUCUUCAGCCGCACCUCAGAGUCAGGACUCCAGAUUCUGUGAGGAUUUAGCAGAGAGCAAAGUGGAGAGGAGCAGCGAGGCCACAGAAGCAGGGCCGAGCCAGGCCAGACGCAGGCCAGACGCUGCCUCUGCAGACUGCUACGGGCCAGUAUCUGGCCAGCUUAUCGCCUCCAUGAAGGAAGCCUGCCGCCAUGCCUUCCAUGCUCAGCCCCAGAGGCUUAUGGCCGCCAUGUAUACCUGUGAGAUCAUGGCCACCGCUGAGGUGCUGGGCAAAGUGUACGGUGUGCUGGGGAAGCGAGAGGGUCGUGUCCUCCAUGAAGAAAUGAAGGAGGGGACGGACAUGUUUAUCAUCAAGGCUGUUCUGCCUGUGGCGGAGAGCUUUGGAUUCGCGGACGAGAUCCGCAAGAGAACCAGCGGAUUGGCCAGUCCACAGUUGGUCUUCAGCCACUGGGAGGUUCUCAGCAGCGAUCCAUACUGGGUUCCCACCACCGAGGAAGAAUACCUGCACUUUGGUGAGAAGGCCGACUCUGCUAACCAGGCACUCAAAUACAUGAACGCUGUCCGCCGCCGCAAAGGCCUCUACGUGGAAGAGAAGAUAGUGGAGCAUGCAGAGAAGCAGAGAACACUCGGCAAGAACAAGUAGAGAAGAAAACCCCACAGGAAUAGCUUCUCCUGCCGGGCCACCGGACACUGCUGACAUCCACCCAGGAUUCUGCGCACCAUGAACUGUGCUCCUCCAUCAGUGACAAUCAGAACUAUUACAGAGGCAGCAGUCACUGUGUUUCCAAAGAUGCACGUAUCACGUGACGGUGUUCCCACAGUUACUACAACAACAACAGAAUAAACUCCAUAAUACACAUAUUUUGAUCAAAUGAGAAGAAAGUGUGAAUAAAGUGUUCUUCACAUGCAACAUGUAUCGAAUUUCUAGACUCUAACCGUUUUAAGUUGUUCUAAAGAGCGCACUUUCCCAUUCACUUGAAUGGUCACGCAUGAUGACGUCAUGAGCAGUAAAUACUAAACAAUGAAAUGGCCCCAUAAUGGUAAAUUAAAUAAACAAAUGUGCUAGAA